AUGGUUCGGGUUGGAUUCUUCGAGAGUUUCCGUGGAAAUAAGGCCCGGAGUUGGUGGCAAAGAGGCGCUCAUCUGGGCAUCAGAACUCGCCAAAUAUUGUUUAGAUAUCAUAUGCUUAAUUAUAUUAUUAAUAAAUGUGUUAGACUUAUAGAAAGUACUGUUCAAGGAAGGAUUGUAAAGUUGAUGAACAAAAGUACUGAGGGAUUGGAGGAUAGAUUUCUAAGAGAAGGCGGUGUACAUCAAGUUAAAAGAGUUCCAAUUACUGAAAAAUCCGGGAGGAUGCAUUCAUCAACGGCAACUGUAGCAGUAUUACCUAGUGAUAUGGUGAAGGGAAACGAUAUGAAUAACUUUGAUAAGUUAGUGGAGGAGGUUGAGUUGAAUCCCUCGGAUAUUGAGUGGAAGACUUGCCGCGCCAGUGGCCCAGGAGGUCAAAACGUCAACAAAGUUGAAACUUCUGUUUCAUUAUAUCACAAACCAACUGGAAUUAAAAUUGAAUGUAGCGAAGAGAGGUAUCGAGUUACGGAGCUUGCUCCAUCGGAUAUAGUUAUACAGUUAUUUACUGUGGUAUUUAGUACUUCUAGCUGA